CGCCCUCUGCAUGCGACUGCCACUAACAGUAACAUAAACACAUAUAAACAUUAACCAAAACAAAUUCAAAAAUCGUGUUGCCAGAUCUUUCGUGUUUAUGAAAAAUAGUAUAUAAUUUCCAAAAAUGUUUCAUUAUCCUCUGUUUCCAACCCUAAAACCAAAGUUAGUCGAUCCACUGUGGUUCAAUGUAAAUCAGCCUUGUGACGAUGAAACUGAUGUAGAGCAAUUAGAACAGGACCAUCAAAACUGGUUAAACUCAAUCGCCCAACGGAACAAUGAUUUACUACCAAUAGGAAAAACCGCUACAGAGAUAUUAGAUGAAGAGGAGGAAGACGACGAUGAGGAUGAUAAUGAUGAUGAUGAUGAAUCGGAAACACACGAUGAAGAGGAUGACGAUGAAAUAGAAAUGGAUGCUCCUUAUGAACCCAAUUCCGGUGUAGGUGGAAAUAUACGAACUCCACAAGGACAGGGCGCACCAUAGUCAUAAUUCCAAAAUAUAUUUUAUAUUGUUUUUUGUUUGCUUUGACAAUUCCAGUAAUACAUAACCUAUUUAAAUUAA